AUGGUGGAUCCCGACAACAUUGUUAGAGAUGCGUUAGAAGUUCCAGAAGAGGUCAACGUAGAUGCUAAGUCUAAAGAGUCGAGUAACAAUCUUAAAACGAUUGUCGUUGCGGUGGAUGUUCGACCACAAUUUAUAAAUGAAAUGACUUUCACUUGUUGUGAACAUUUGCUACAGUGGAUCCGAAAUGAAGCAAGUAAACUUGGAUUUAGCAUUGUGAUAGCAAGGUCCGACAAUGGCACUAGUAGAAGGCAAACAUUUGUUGUGAUGGGAUGCGAGAGGGGUGGGAAGUAUGUUCCAACGAAUCAGAAGUUAAAACAUGAUGACACGAGAUCGAGAAAGUGUGCGUGUCCAUUUAAGUUGCGCGUAUCUUGUAGGGUUGAUUCUUUAUGGUGUUUUAGCAUCAUCUGCGGAAUUCAUAAUCACGCAUUGAAGACCAAGCUACACGGCCAUCCAAUUGUGUGUCGGCUAAAUCGCGAAGAGAAGGAUUCUAUUUCAGAAUUAUCAAUAAUCAAAGUUGCACCUAGAAACAUACUUUCCGAUUUGAAGCAAAAAAUACCAGAUAGUAUUUCAAAUAUCAAGCAGGUAUACAAUGAACGUUACCAUCUUAGCACUGCGAAAAUAGGUCUGAGGUCGGAAAUGCAACACCUUUUUAAACUUUUGGGUGAUAACCAAUAUGUUUCAAGUUUCAGAGCUUGUGAGGACAAAGUUACUGUUCGUGACAUAUUUUGGACUCAUCCCGAAAGUAUCAACUUUCAACACAUUUUCAAUCGACCUUAUAAUUGA